GCUGAAGACAUGCCUUGACUGGACCCUUACCGGACCCUCACUGGAAAUUCCAGCUGCGGAAACACGCAGGUCGAAUUAGGCAGUUCACUUCCCUCCCUCCAGGCUAGGGCAGCACCUGUGCUUGAAGAGAUUGGCGAGAAGCUUUAGCAGCGAUCCUCCUCUUCUGCAUAGAUGAGGCUGGAGGAGAGCAUCCGGGAAAGGUGGCCUGGGCCCACGGCCCUCUGAGCGACCCCUGGGGUAGGAACUGGCCGAGCGACACGACCGCCACGUCCAGUCUGCCUCAAGUUCGCCCACUUAGACUCUAUAAUUCUCGUUGCGGGUUGUUCUGCCUCUGACUCUCUAGCUUUCUGCUAUUUCUGGGCUAUAUCCCUCACUGCCUCACUAUCUCAGUUCUGAAUGUGUCUCUGAGCCAUCGCCUUGUGUCUUUCUCUCCAAAUCUCUCCCGAUCUGUUUUCUACUCCUACCCGGCACCUAGGUCCCCCACAAAGCAGAGGCCAGAGGGGGGCCCAAAGUCAGCUUGGAUUUGAUUGCGCGCGGCCAGCAUUUCCCGAGGACACAGUAGGAAUACAGUGCCGGAGAGGUUCGGAGCGAGUGUGCCCGACAGCCAAAUGCAGCCGCGUUGGGCUGCCAGCCUCUGCCUCCCUCCCUGCUUAGGGAGGGGCCGAAGCGCGCGCGCGAGCGAGGGUCGAGGGGUAGGGGGCUGGCCAGUCUCUUGCCCCAGCGGCCACCCCGGGGAUCCCAAGCUCCUCCCCCACCCUGUUUCUAUUGGCCUCGGGCGCCCCCGCCCCCAGCCGCCCGCUGGAGCUCUGGGGCCCUUAAGCUACUACCGGAUAAAUAGCCCCGGGCGCCUGGCGUGAAGCUAGGGGUGGGGAAGCCCCCGGGCGCUGCCGCCGCUCUCCUCACCGCUUGUUAGACCCGACAGGACUAGGCAGAGGGGGAAAGUCGCCCGUACAUUCAGACCCCUACUACUUUACCACCUUACGGCCAGGACUCCGGAGAGUCAGAAAGUUUCGGGCAACCCCUACCGAAGCCAGGACUGCGCCACCCCCUGCCGGGAUAUGGAGCUGCUGUCGCCGCCGCUCCGGGACGUAGAUUUGACUGGCCCCGACGGCUCCCUCUGCAACUUUGCCUCCGCGGACGAUUUCUAUGAUGACCCGUGUUUCGACUCUCCGGACCUGCGCUUCUUCGAAGACCUGGACCCGCGCCUCGUGCACGUGGGCGCGCUCCUGAAGCCCGAGGAACAUUCGCACUUCCCUGCGGCCGUGCACCCGACCCCGGGCGCGCGCGAGGACGAGCAUGUGCGCGCGCCCAGCGGGCACCACCAGGCUGGCCGCUGUCUAUUGUGGGCCUGCAAAGCGUGCAAGCGCAAGACCACUAACGCCGACCGCCGCAAGGCCGCCACCAUGCGCGAGCGGCGCCGCCUGAGCAAAGUCAACGAGGCUUUCGAGACGCUGAAGCGCUGCACGUCCAGCAACCCAAACCAGCGGCUGCCCAAGGUGGAGAUCCUGCGCAACGCGAUUCGCUACAUCGAAGGCCUGCAGGCGCUGCUGCGCGACCAGGACGCCGCGCCCCCUGGCGCAGCCGCGGCCUUUUACGCGCCUGGCCCGCUGCCCCCAGGCCGUGGCGGCGAGCACUACAGCGGCGACUCGGACGCGUCCAGCCCGCGCUCCAACUGUUCCGACGGCAUGAUGGACUACAGCGGCCCCCCGAGCGGUGCCCGGCGGCGGAACUGCUACGACAGCACCUACUACAGCGAGGCGCCCAGCGAACCCAGGCCCGGGAAGAGUGCUGCGGUGUCGAGCCUCGACUGCCUGUCAAGCAUCGUGGAGCGCAUCUCCACCGAGAGCCCCACGGCGCCCUCCCUUCUGCUGGCGGAUGCGCCGCCGGAGUCGUCUCCGGGCCCACAAGAGGCGGCGGCCCAGAGUGAGGUCGAGCGCGGCGCCCCCACCCCUUCCCCGGACGCCGCCCCGCAGUGCCCAGCGGGCGCAAACCCCAACCCGAUCUACCAGGUGCUCUGAGGAGGUGGGCGGCCGCAUGGGAGGGCUCCGCUGCCCACGCGCCGGAGGGAUAGUGCCCCUAGGGUCCCUCGUGCCCAAAAGAUUGAGCUUAAAUGCCAACGCCUGUUCCCAACUUCGCUUUAAAAGCGACCCCUCUCCCGAAUUGGGAGAGGCGGGAGAACUGAUGUGUGUUUCCGCCUCCCGCACUCCAGAGUAAGGACACAGUCCUUUUUGCCCACGCAACACCCUUCCCUGAGACCCGCUGCAAUGGCCUUUCGGAGUUCUCCUGAGGCCAGAGCUGAUCCUUGAGGGGCCAGACCCUCCCUCUUCCUUUUCCCCUUCCCUACGCGGGGUGGAACCCGCGCAGAUCUAAGCCCCGCCUCCGGACGCUCCUGUUGUUUGAGGGGGCGUGGCCUCUCUUUCCCAGAGCCCUGCCGACUUUGUUGUUCCCCUGCGCCGUCGGGGUGCGCUCGCGUUCUGCGUCUAACAAGUGUUAACAGUAACCACUCCACCUCCUCCCCCAUUUCAGGACCACUUUUUGUAACACUUUUGUAAUCUAUUCCUGUAAAUAAGAGUUGCUUUGCCAGAGCAAGAGCCCCUAGGGCUGUAUUUAUCUCUGAAGCAUGGUGUGCGGUGCUACAGGGAAUUUGUACGUUUAUACCACAAGUGGGCGAGCCGCGGGCGCUCGCUCAGGUGUUCGAAAUAAAGACGCUAAUUUAUA